AUGGACGAAAUUUUUGCUCGUGCAAAGAGUAUUCUGGUUAUAUGGGCUGACGAUACUGACCCGGAAAAUUUACCUGCUUUUCAAGAAAUAUUACAGACCAAAGCUAAACAAGCACACAUUGCUUUCGAAAAUGUUCAAAUGCUUUUAGAUUCUCGACGUGCAACAUCAUCAUUCGAUGUUAUUCUUCUUGGUCUUGUGAGCAAACGAGACACACCUACAAACGUUGACUUAUUGAAUGAAUUCUUUCGUUUACUUCGUCCAAAUGGUUAUUUCAUAACUCACAUCGAACACGCUAAGCAAUCGCAAGCCAUUGACCAUUUCAAAAUGUGUGGUUUUACCAGUUGUAAUCCAUUGGAUUCGAAUUCAUCAUUUUUAAUCGAGAACAAAGAUGAUGAUGUGAAAAAACUCGGCUCGUUGUGGUUAUGCCAGAAACCUUCGUUCGAUAUUGGAUAUUCCGUUCCAUUACGUAACCGAGCGGAUAGCAAGACUGGACAAGUUCUACCAACAGCUGAGACGAAAAAAACUUGGACUAUGGAUGAUGAUGACUUAAUUGACACAGAUGGCUUGUUGGACGAGAAUGAUCGCAAGAAACCCGAUGUGAAAAGUUACGAUUGUGGAACAUCAUCAACUGGUGUUCGAAAAGCGUGUAAGAACUGCACUUGUGGGUUAGCACAAGAAUUGGAACAAGAAGAACAUGCCGCAGCUAAACAAUCAGUGAAAUCCUCCUGUGGAAGCUGCUAUCUUGGUGAUGCUUUUCGAUGUGCUGGUUGUCCAGCUCGUGGUUUACCACCAUUCAAACCCGGAGAACGUGUUGCUCUUCCCACAAUGUCCGAUGUUUAA